UGAUUCCCUUACUUACCAAGCAAUCUACAAACAAACUCCAAAAAAAGAAACGAUAAAACAACAAUGAUGGGCUGUGGCAAUGAAUCUGGACCAUCCUUUCUGGAGCGGAUAUGCACCAGCAUUGGUGAUGGCUAUACAUACAGCAAAGAGGCUGUUUGCAGCUUAGCAGGGAGCGCCACGGAGGGGGCGAGGAAUAUGGUGGAAAAGGCAUACGGCUCAAAAAAAGAGAUCGCCCCGCCAGCCUCCGCACCGAUCGCGAAGGCGCGUGAAGUUUCGAGCGCGGUGGCCGAGGAUCUGAAAGCGGUGAGGCUCAACAUCAGCGGGAAGGCUAAACAAGCGACUUCUGCCGUCAGUGAUAGCAAAUCCAGCUCCAUUCAGUGUAAAUGCGGGAAUUUGAGCGAAAAAUACGGUGAGGCCGUCGUUAUGGGUGUGAAGGUUGCCGCGGCGGUGCUUGUGGUUGCUGGAGUAGCUCAGGGUGCCUUUUACUGCUAUCGAUCGAGGUGUAAGAAGUCAGAGAAAAAAUAGACAAUAAUAAGGAAGUAGGAUGUAAUGCAUGAAAAAAAGUGUUGUAUGAUAUAUAUAUAUAUACAAAGCAUGCUUUUCCGCAUCAAAAUAAUGAUUAAGACAAGCACAAAAAGAAAUCAGGGAAAAAGCAGAAAUCUAUAUCUCUCUAUUUUAAAAAAAGUAAGCCCACAGAAUGGUAAAAAGGUUAUUUCUAAUUCAGAAAUGGGCUACUCUUCUUUUUGAUACUUAUUUAGUUCCUUCCAGGUAAUAUCAAAUGCGCUUACUCCGUCAUUAAGGGUAUUGCUCCUUCAAAUCGUUUUCUUUUUCAAAAUAUAUACGUAGUAGAAUGAAAUGAAAAUUUAUAUUCUGUCAUAUAUCACACAGUGCUUGGUUGUUAUUUUUAUUGUCGUUCUUGAUUAUUCAAAGUAGAAAUUUUAGGAAUGGUUGCUGUUUAUGGAUGUUCCAUAACAGUAUGAAAGGAUAUAUACGAAUAUUAUGACUAUAUGUACGAAAUAUUUAACUCAUUUGUUUUUUUUCGCUUAAACCGUUUGGAUUGUCAAACAUGAAGAGGAAGGACCAAAA